AUGGACCGCACCACCACCGAGGUUACGGUAUCGCCUCAGUACCAGCUCCCCGACGCUGGCCGCAACUACAACCAUCAAUACUUCUCUCUCUAUGGCUACCGCUACCAAAAGCUCAAGCCUCGGGUGAUGAAAGCCGCUAUGGCCAAGUGGGGGGACGGCACCAAGGACGUGUCGUCAGACCAAUACAAGGGGCAAAAGAUCGUCCGCCAGGAUAAAAUUCUCGAUAUACGAGCGGGGCAAGUGUGCUGGGUGGUGGGUACGAUCUUCUGUGAGUUGAAAAACAAGCUUAAUAUUUUUAAAGACGUCGAACAUGGGGUGGAUGACGUUUUGCCUCAGGAGCCGCUGACGUAUACCGAUCCCGAAGUUCGGGGGGCAGUGAUGAUUGAGGAUGAGUCUGGGCGAGUGGUGCUUCACGGCGACAAAUUUUUUGCUGAAAAUCUUUUGGUUACCGGGUGUACAGUGGGUAUUUUGGGGGUGGAAGUGAAUGCGGGGGUGUUCGAAAUAUUGGACGUGGUCCACCCUGAUCCGAUACUUCCACCGCUGAUAAAUGACCUGGAAGCUACUCAGGGUAAAGUGUUGGUGAUGCUGGGAGCAUUGGUUGAAGGUGGAGAUGUCGCCAGUGAUUUACGCCUAGAAUUACUCAAACAAUACGUUAUGGGUGAUCUUGGUGAUGUCAAUGAUGCUGCCAAGAUUACUCUGAUCAUUAUAUUGGGAAAUCUGGUGGCGGAAAAGCCGAUAGAGGCUACCGACGACUUUGUGCUGACAAAUAACUACGGCACCAAAAACAUUCUGCGAUUUGACCCGACCAAUAUCGCUAAAUUUGACCGGUGGGUGGCUCAAUUGGUGACGCUGGUGCCGGUGAUGGUGAUGCCCGGCCCGCUGGACCCGGCAGAAAUUUGCAUGCCUCAACAACCGCUCCAUCCCAGUGUGUUUGCCAAAGCCCGGGCGCUGGCAGGGCUCACACGGCUCACAAACCCUCAAUACCUUCAAUUAGGUCAACGUACAAUGCUUUUGACUGCUGGUCAGACCAUCAACGACAUCCAAAAGUAUGUGGCCCCUGACGAUGCUGAAAAGCUCGGUAAGACCACCUCGGUGAUGGCGGCAACCUUAAAGUGGCAAAACAUUGCUCCUACUGCUCCUGACACUCUCUACUGUUACCCUUACGUUGACCACGACCCGUUUGUCAUUAAUGAUUCGCAGAUGGCUCCUCACAUAUAUAUGGUGGGUAAUCAGCGCCAAUUUGAGACUGCGAAGGGUGAUCACGGCGAGUUGUUGGUGCUGGUACCGCUGUUCAAGCACACUGGUGAGGUAGUGGUGAUUGACCUUGCUAGUGGUGAAUGUGACACCGUCACCUUUGAGACCUAA